AUGGCAGUGCACAGUACAAUAGGGCUCCUGUUCCUGGGCGGGGGUAGAGCGACGCUGAGUACUACUCCCACUGCAGUAGCCGCGCUACUCGCUGCAUUCUUCCCCAAGUUCCCCACACACAGCGAAGAUAAUAGGUACCAUUUGCAAGCCUUCAGACAUCUGUACGUAUUGGCAGUGGAGGCCAGGCUCAUACUGCCACGGGACAUCAGCACUGAGAAGCUGUGUUACGCACAUAUACAGGUAAUAGAUCUAAACGGCGUUGUGAAAGAGAUGAAGGCGCCCUGCAUCAUCCCGGAACUGAGUACGUUGAAGGAAGUGAAGAUCAACGACCCACGAUACUGGCCCAUCACGUUCCAGAAAGAUAGGAAUUGGGACCAGCUCAAACUAUUCCUCGAGUACUCAUGGUGCAUAGACAUAAAGCAGCGCGCAGGCUGUCUCUCCUACAUAGACGACCCUCAAGGCUUCCUCACAAUAUUGGCACAAACGCUCACACUCGACAAGUCCAACAUUUGGUCCACCAACACUGAAAACAUAGAACUAUUCACAAACGACGACAAAAUAAGGAACUUUGUCAAACAGUAUUUGGUCAAAGAUGUUGGUGAAAAUAUUUGUGGGGAUUGUUUAGUGGUAUCGCGGCGGAGGAAGAGUGGUAAGGAGCCAGUCCUCGGUACUUGUACGUGUCGAGUGUACACUCGGCCUGAACGGGAACAUUUGCAAGGACUCGCCAUGCUCACAUACGACUGUGUUGUUAAGGACAUACUCUGUGCUCUGCCUAUUUGGACCACGUUCUUGAAGAUAAUAAAAACAAUGAAACCAGAACCCACCUCCUACCACAUCUGGCAGAUAAAGCUUCUACUGUCACACAUAGACAAUCACAACAGAAGAACUAUGAACGAAAUGAAAGUCGACGACCAAGAGGCCACGAACGAACCUUUAAUAUCAAAUGAAUUCAUUCUGGCUAUUAAGCAAAAAGUAUCGAGUAUAUUUGACAGUUGGGAAUCGAGGUUGGCGCCGUUUUUGAGGAAGUAUCUUGGUCUACCUAGCAGUCGGAAGAUCAGUGGCUGUGACGAUGAUGUUAAAAAGAUUCUUAGCGGGUUCCUCGUGUACCAUGAUCUGCCUAAAGGUGCUAUGAAAGAUUCUGUUGGUGACGACGAGCUAUCAUUACUGCUCCAACUGGAAGGAGUGUCGAUGGAGGGUAUGAGCAAGGUGUGCGAGCUAGUGAGAUGA